CGGCAUUGUAGUAAUCGACACGCUGCGAGUAACAUCAAUACUAGUCUCGCAGCUAUUAAACUUUGAUUGAUAUCAGGAUUUUAGAUCUUUAUUAUACAUACGGAGCUAGUGUAGAAACUGGACAUUAUGAAUUCUUCAGUAGAAGCUCAGCGAUUAAUCGCACUUUCCUUGGGAAAGAUCACGAUGUCCCGUCAACAGCGUGGUGGGAUAAACUUGCAUAGGAACUUACUAGUUGCGAGUGUGUUGCAUAAAGCUCGGACAACGUAUAUGAUGGAUAACUUCCAGACUUUACUGGCCAACAAACGGGCCCAGGCGGAGAGGGAAGCAGCCGCUAAAAUGAUCGUAGAAACCCCGGUGGCGAAAUCAGAAGACACGACGUGCAGCGAAUCAAUGGAAAAAUCGUUUCAAACGCGUGGGGUCAUUGAAUACAAUAAACCUGCCGCGGAUGGGGCACCCAACGGGGGCCAGACGGAAAUCCGAAAUAAAGCCAAAAUGGACAAAGAAAAUAUUGUUCCGACUUAUGUAAACAAGGAGGAUAUGAAUAAUAAUACACCUUGUGAUAAAUCUGAAGAUCUCGAACAGAAAUCCUGCUCCAGAGACUUGACAAAUUCCACUCCGAUGGUUUUUGGUAAACAGCCAUUGUCAGCCAAUAACGGUUCUACUAAUUACGUCAGCCAAUUACCGUCGUGCAGGUGCGUAGGGAACAAAAGGCAACGAUCGGUCGUGAGUGAAUGUGAGUCAGCUACGGAGCCAAAGAAGCCUCGUUAUGAUGAUGAGGAUAGUAAAUAUUGUGACUCAGAGAGCGAGUAUGAGAGUGACUCAGGUGAACAUCAAAGAAUGCAGACUGAUUCAACACAGGUGACAAGUUUGGUGGACAUUUUCAGCACGGGAUUUAACGGUUUGUGUAAAGACAAUGAGCUCAAGCAGCCCUCGGGACAGAUUAACGUGUACGUGAGUGCGGACCGCCCGGUGUCUGGACACCAGUAUGUGUUGACGGACAUGAGCUGUGGGACCCAGUUAAAGGACAGUGUAGCCAUACCCACUGGCAUCGCGCUAGCUGUUUGAGUUUGCGGAACUAUUUCAUUCAGGGAUUUACAGUUGUAUUAUAUAAUAACUUAUAUAAAAUGUGAGGGAUCUUAAUAGAGUUUUGUCAUGAAAUGAACAAAAUCUUUUAUAACCCAUUUUGUGAAAAAAAUCUCCAUCAUAGAUGUGCAAUCUAGAGAAUACUUCAAAUGUGUACAGCAUAAUGAUAAAUGGUUUACAGUGGUACAUAACUUAUAUUGUUUACAAAUUAUUUGGAACUAGAUUGAAUGUUAUAUAAACGCCACUAUGUGAUAUUCAAACAUGACAACUUCCGUUGUUUACAUCCUGCCAUUUAAUCGAGCGGAUAUGCUAAUUAAUACGCCUUUUGCUAACAUAACGUACUUCUUUUUUGUAUGACAUUACUAGGCGUUUACAUAAACUGUACGCCCCCAUUACGUCAUUUACCAUAAUUGGCAGGUGACCUAAUUCGCCUUUCAUUAUUAAUCAUGUGUCACUUUCAUUAGAAAUUUGUAACCACUGGGGUUUUAUGAAUUGUUUUAUCAAAUAAUUAACUUUUGGUUUCACGUUUUAUCAGCUGUUGUUUAUUGAUUGUAUAGAUUGUGUUUCACACCUUUCUUUGUUUCAAUCGAAACAGGACAUGGCCUAAAGCCAUUUUACUUCUUUAUUUUGAUAAAUCUUAUCAGAUUGUUAUUUUAUAUAAACACGAUUAAGCAUAUUUUAAAUUCUAACACCUUUUAAACUUUAAUAACGUAUCAAGUUAUUUUUAUUUUUGCACACUGUUAUCUUAAGGCGUUUAAUCAUGGAAUAUUUUCUUUGUUGAAUGAAAUCUGGGUCAAAUCUUAUCUUAACAAGAAAUAAGUUACAACAUGUCAGGAUUGUUAUGUCAUCCAGCCAUGCGUGUGACGUUCAACUCAUGUCAUGAAAUAAUUGGUUAUAAUCUAAUUAACGUUGGCUACGAAUAAUUAUGGUAACUUAAAAUUAUGUUUACUGUUAUCAACAGUUACACAAGCAGGUUCAAUCCGGUUUCACGGAGGAUUUAAUCCGGUCAACUUGAGAGAAGCUGCUUAUAACUGGUCUCCUGCUAAUUAUAUCCGUUGUUAUAAUUAUAGACAUGUUUUUUUUUUUCUCUGAACUGUCAACAACAAGCCCAUGUCUUAUUACUAUAGUAACAAGUUUGUAUUGGACUUUGAACACAAAUAUCGGGCGGGGAGUGGUAGUUUUCCACUCCUGUCGGUGCGAGGCUGGUGCUGGUAUUGAUUUCCCUCAUUAAAUCUGUUAAGAAGUCACUAGUAGCAGUAUUUUAUUCGGGCUAUCGUUGAUUCAUUGAAAGAAAUCAAAUACGCGUGACAUGACGCGACUACAUUUCUUUGUUAGAUCUCUUGUCAAUAGACGAAUCAUCCGGGCCCGGCCUUGUCAGUGUGUGUGUAUCCAUGGUAUUAAGGAAAUUUGUUUUGUUUAUUGUAGGAGUGCAGAUACACUUUCUCGUUCAGUUUUGUUAUAUCGAUUAUGUCUACGGUCUUAUAAGGCAAUUGCUUUGUACUUUUAUUGAUUUGUCUGGGUCGAGUUUAAACCAGUUUUUGAGUUAAGCAAGAUUAUUAGGUGCUUACUUAAUAGUCGCCAUCCUAUUAGUUGACUGUUCGGUAAAGUCACACACUUUGAUGACUAUCCUUGAUUAAUAAUUAACCACAUGUCUUAAUCCUAUUUAAAGGUCAACUUUGUAAACAAGUCAUGUAAGUGCAACAGUUAUACCAAAGGUUAAGAACUUUGAGACUUGAGUGUUUUUGUAAUUUUAAGCAUUAUUUUGUGUUGACGCUGUUUGACUUGACUUUGACAGGUUAGAUUAAAGAAUUAAGGCAUGUGUUAUGCAAAUGAGAUUUUUAGAAUGGGUCAUUUCAGUUAUGAAAUAAUAUGAGUGAUUGUCCUAUCGAAUGAAUGAAUGAAUGAACAUGUUUAUAUUCAUUCAAAUGAGCAAAUGUUAUUUAUUUGAACAAUAUUUUGAAAUGACUGAUAUAUUGUGAAAGACUUUGUGAAUGAUGUUUGUAUAUCACUAGUAUGUUGUGACAUUGCUAUUGUAUCAUGUCUCAUAAAUAUGACUGUAUAUAGAUAUGUAUAUAUAUAAAUUGUACUUGAACAAUGUUUAUGAUCAUGCAUGGAAAGAACCAUGCCAUGAAAAGAAAAAAGUUAUAGAAAAAAAACAAUUAAAGAAAAAAUAAAAAAAUCCUGAAAAUAUA